AUGCUGGGUCGGAAGGCUCAAUCCAGUCCGCUUGGCCUCCUGCUGCUGAUAUGCCUUUGCCUUCUGCAUCUGGGGGCCUUGGGCCAGCCCCACCCGACCCACCGGGCCCCAACCGAGGAGGCCGUGUCAGUCCAAGGGGUACGUGGCAGCUCGGUGGAGCUGGCCUGUGGCCCCGGGGCUGCCCCCCUGGUGGCCCUCUGGAGCUUCACCCCACCGGGCUCCCCGGUGCCCCAGCCGGUGGCGGUCGUCAACGGGGCGACAUCCAAGGUGGAGGUCGGGGCCUCGGUGCUGGGGGCCGUGAGUCUGCGCAACAGCAGCCUGGUGCUGGCAGAGCUGCGGGAGGGGGCGCGUGGCCGCUUCCUGUGCCAGGCCCUGCGCGUGGCCGGUGGGCAGCUCCACGCCGCCUACUACUUCUUCUCGCUGCUCGUGCUGGUCCCCGUGGCGAAGCCCCAGGUGCAUCUGAGCGCCGCGUCCCCGGUGGAGGGAGCCUCCGUGGUGGUCACGUGCGCGCUGCGGGAGGGCACGGAGCCGGUGACUUUUGCCUGGCAGCACCGGGCACCCCAAGGCCCCGGAGAGAACCUGGAGGGGGCCACGGAGCAGCUGCUCCGGCUGGAUCCAGUCAGCAGGACGCACCUGGGCUGGUAUCUGUGCAGCGCCCAAAACGCCGUCAACGGGCAGAGCAGCGACAGCGUCUUCCUGGACGUCAUCUAUGGUCCAGACCUGCCUGUGAUCACCGUGGAGCCCCUGGCACUCACCGAGGGUGGCUUUUGGGCCAGUGAGAGGGAAGAGGUGACCCUGAGCUGCCUGGCUGCAUCCAACCCUCCUAGCGACUACGUGUGGCUGCACAAGCACACCCAGGUCCACACUGGGCCAACCUUUGUCAUCGCCAGCGCUGGCCGGGCCCACACGGGCCUGUACACCUGCCUGGCCCGCAACAGCCGCCUGGAUGUGCGCACACAGGCCGCCGUCCAGCUCACCGUCUACUAUCCCCCGGAGGGGCAGCCCUCCUGUGCUAUUCUCCCCACACUUGGGGCUGUGACUUUGGUCUGUACCUGGCCUGGGGGCCUGCCAGCUGCCCAGCUGCAGUGGGAAGGGCCCCAGGGAAGUGGCCCGACUGCCCCCAGUAAUGUCACCUGGAGCCAUCCUGCCUCCCUGCUCCCCAAUGGCAGCGUCUUCACCUGCACUGGCCAGCACCCAUCCCUGGCGCUGCCUGCCCUUUGCAGGACCACACUCUGGGAACCUCUUGGGAGCCCCACUUGCUGGGCCGUAGGCACCAGAGGAGACCAGUUCGUCACGCUGAGCUGUGGGUGGCGCGGCGGCCAGCCCCCUGCCCUGCUGAGCUGGCACGAUGGACAGCAGCAGGUGCUGGGCGGCCGCAGCUCCUCGCCGGCUGUCCUCCUCCUGAAGGCCCACGAAGGGCUGGCUGGAAGCGAGUUUACCUGCUGGGGUGCUCACCCUCUCCGGCUCCCGGCCCCCCGCUGCCGGGUCCAGCUGGAAGCCCCACAGCUGGCCGUGGCUGAGCCCCGGGUGUCUGUGUUGGAGGGGGGAGCUGCCUGGCUGGGGUGCACCCUCCUGUGGGGCACGCCCCCUGCCCAGCUCUUCUGGCUGAGCCCCGGGCAGCAGCAGGUGGAACCAGGCACUGCUGGGCUGGUGCUGCACCCCGAGGGUGCCCAGCUCCACCUCGCCAUCCCAGAUGUCCACCCAGCGCACCACACGGGCAUCUACCAAUGUGUGGCCCAGAAUGCCGUGGGCAGCAGCAGCCGGAGCGUCCUGCUGGAGGUCCUGAGUUACCCGGCUCCCCCCAAUGUCACCAUCAGCCGCCUGGUCUAUGCAAGGCACCGGAGGGAGGUGCAGCUCCACUGGGCCAUCAGCGGCCCCGGGAACCUGACGGGCUUCGUGGUCCAGCGCAGGGCCAGCAGCCCAGGCCCCAGAGCCGGUGCUUGGGAGACGGCUGCUGGCGACAUCGAGCCAGAGAGCCGGGGCCGGCGGCUGGGGGGCUUGGACCCAGAGGUCCUCUACGCCUUCCGUGUCCUGGCUCUGAAUCACCGCACUGCCGGACAGCCCUCCGAGGUGAAGAUACCAGUGGACCCCCCCUUCAGUGCCUACCCGGCAGUGCUGGGCGCAGCAGGUGCAGGCAUGGUGGUGGCGACGGUGGCCUCUCUCCUGGUGUUCCAGUUUGCCGCUCGGCACCCAGAGACCUUCCCCCGCCUUGCUCAGUUGCUUGUUCCCACAGAGCGAAUUCACCAACGUGGGGGUACAGGGGAAGGCAGAGGGGCACAAGCAGGCACUAGAACACCAGCCAGCAACACAGCUUCGGCUCCUGCACAAGAAUCCACUGAGGCUCCGGUAAAUGUCACCAUCACAGUGACCGCAUCACCAUGA